AUGUAUUGUACCCAAAGGAAGAGACUGAAGCUGAGCCGAGUCAUAUUCCUCCUGUCUGGUGUUCUACUGUGUUGUCUCUACCAGCUGUCUAUCACCUCCAAGCUCUCCCCAGGACCCUGGCCCCAUGCCCUGCCCCAAAUAGGUGAGGGGUCUGGGGAUGGAGAGGGACUGACAGGGGCCCUCCUGGAGGAAGUUGCAUUGGAGACCUUAAGGGAGGGGGGACGCAGUAUUGACACACAAGAGGAGGAAAUUAUAGAUUUAAUGACAACUGAAGUGUACGAUUAUUACUCUGAGACAACUACAGAUGAUGUCACACCCUCCACUACCACUGAGGUCUCAUCAUCAUCAUCGUCAUCAUCCUCAUCAGUGACUACAAUCCGGACUAUCGUUCACUGCAUCUAUGUAGACCCAGAGCCUCCCAUUCAGAUCCCCACCCUGCCCAACCCACCACCCACCCAUCUAGUCCCCAACACCACCCAAUCCUCCCCUGCCGACCCGGGGGACGCCCCUCAUCAGAAAGGAGACUACCCCACUGAUAUCUUCUCCGUGGAGGACCGGAGACGAGGCUGGGUGUCGCUCCACAUCUUCGGGAUGAUGUACAUGUUCGUCUCACUCGCCAUUGUGUGCGACGAAUUUUUUGUCCCCGCGCUCGGCGUCAUCACAGACCAGCUGGCCAUCUCCGACGACGUGGCCGGGGCAACCUUCAUGGCGGCAGGAGGCUCCGCUCCGGAGCUGUUCACCUCUCUGAUUGGAGUGUUCAUCUCUCAUAGCAAUGUGGGCAUCGGGACGAUCGUGGGGUCGGCGGUGUUCAAUAUCCUGUUUGUCAUCGGGAUGUGUGCCGUCUUCUCCAGGGAGAUGCUACACCUCACCUGGUGGCCCCUGUUCAGGGACGUCUCCUUCUACAUCAUAGACCUGAUCAUGUUGAUAAUCUUCUUCCUGGACAACACCAUCAUGUGGUAUGAGAGUAUAAUGCUGGUGGCUGGCUACAGCUCCUAUGUCUGCUUCAUGAAGUACAAUGAUCAGCUGGAGGCAGCAUUCAAGAACCAGCUCAGGAAACACCAGCACAUCAUUAAUAUCAUCACUGUGGCUGUUGAGGAUGAACCUGACAAGGACAAGACAGCAAGUCAGAAUAGUAGCCCUCCUGCCGCAGAAGACAAGAAACUAUUAAAGUUGAAGCCUGUCCUCCAGAGAGGAGGAAGUUCAGCCUCUCUGCACAACUCCACCAUGAGGAACACAAUCUACAAGCUGAUGAUUCACACACUAGACCCCCUGGGAAACAACAAAGAACCAGCCGUCCCUGCACCCUCAGCCGCCCCAGUUCCAGCCCCUGGCCCUGCCCCUGCUCCAACCCCAGCCAAGGAGGAGGAGACGAAGGAGGAGAAGAAGGAGCAGCCAGAGGGUCAGAUGGAGGACAAAUCGGCAGCAGUUGGUUCGUCUUGUAGUGAGGAUGAUGAUGAUGAUGACGAUGAUGAUGAUGACAGUGAUGAAGAUAGUUCUGAUGAGGAAAGUUCUGAUGAAGAUGACGAUGAGGAAGAUGAUGAUGAUGAUGAUCUUGAUGAUAAUGACAAGCCUCUGUCUUUGGUGUGGCCGGACACCAGAUGUAAACAGGCCACCUAUCUGUUCCUCCUGCCUAUAGUCUUCCCUCUGUGGCUCACCGUACCCGACGUCCGUAACCCGCUAUACAAGAGGUUUUUUGUGAUCACCUUCCUGGGGUCUAUCCUAUGGAUCGCUGUCUUCUCCUACCUCAUGGUGUGGUGGGCACAUCAGGUGGGAGAGACCAUAGGCAUCUCAGAGGAGAUCAUGGGCCUAACCAUCCUGGCUGCAGGAACGUCCAUCCCUGACCUCAUCACUAGUGUUAUUGUGGCCCGUAAAGGACUGGGGGAUAUGGCUGUGUCCAGCUCUGUGGGCUCCAACAUCUUCGACAUCACCAUGGGCCUGCCAGUCCCGUGGUUAAUGUGGUCGUCGCUCCAUGGUUUUGCUCCGGUGCCCGUCAGCUCCAACGGUCUGUUCUGUGCCAUUGUGUUGCUAUUCCUCAUGCUCCUCUUCGUCAUCAUCAGUAUUGCUGUGUGUCAGUGGAAGAUGAACAAGAUGCUGGGAUCUACCAUGUUCCUUCUCUAUUUUGUCUUCCUGGUGUUGAGUGUUCUGCUAGAGGACAGAGUUAUCAUUUGUCCUGUGUCCAUCUGACACUCUAUUGUCUUCCUGGUGUUGAGUGUUCUGCUAGAGGACAGAGUUAUCAUUUGUCCUGUGUCCAUCUGACACUCUAUUGUCUUCCUGGUGUUGAGUGUUCUGCUAGAGGACAGAGUUAUCAUUGAUUGAUUCAUUGAUUGAUUGAUUGAUUGAAUUUAUUUGACAAUUUGUCGAAUACAUAAGGGCGCUUCAGACGGUGACACCUCCACAAAAUAGUUGUUUGUUUCAUAACAUGAGAUUAUUAGUACAAUUUCCUAAUAAACAUUAAGUGCACACACACACCCAAACGUACACACACACACACACACACGUACGCACACAGAAACUUACACACACAUGCUGGAGGAUCAAGUCAUUAUAUGCUCUGUUUCCAUCUGAGACUGAUUGUGUGAGGCCUCUCUUUUGAGACUGAUUGUGUGAGGCCUCCCUUUUGUCCAGCAUGGUGUCUGACCAGAUGAGUCUACAGGCAUGGUUCCAAAUUAAAGGGAUACUUCAGUUUAAAGGAAGUUGCUAACUAGCGUUGCGAAUAGACACCAUAGACGUCCAGUCAUUACGCUAACACUAGUUAGCAUUGGCUCGCGAAACUACCUCUAAUUUUCUUCAUACUGGAUGCAGAGACAUAAAGACAGUAUCCACGAGUUCCUCUGACUCUGGGGGAGUACAUAAAGGGCUUCGUUGCCAACAUCCUGAAGUAUCCCUUCAACAUUUUUUACAGAGUUAGGAGCACCAGAAAAGAGGAUGUGUUUAAUUCAUAGUGAUACAGACUAUAUUGGGCUUUUAUGAAUUCUACUUUUGAAGCACGUGUUGUGUCCUAGAAACGAAUAAGUAACAAGACAUGGUAUCAAUAACAAGAUCAAACUAGCUGAAACGAGCUGAAACGAGCUGAAACGAGUCACUUACUAUUCGCCACAUGGCAGCUUGUUGUCAUUGUUGCUAGCUGUCUGGCCAUCCAGAACCGUAACAACACAUGGCAGCUUGUUGUCAUUGUUGCUAGCUGUCUGGCCAUCCAGAACCGUAACAACACAUGGCAGCUUGUUGUCAUUGUUGCUAGCUGUCUGGCCAUCCAGAACCGUAACAACACAUGGCAGCUUGUUGUCAUUGUUGCUAGCUGUCUGGCCAUCCAGAACCGUAACAACACAUGGCAGCUUGUUGUCAUUGUUGCUAGCUGUCUGGCCAUCCAGAACCGUAACAACACAUGGCAGCUUGUUGUCAUUGUUGCUAGCUGUCUGGCCAUCCAGAACCGUAACGACACAUGGCAGCUUGUUGUCAUUGUUGCUAGCUGUCUGGCCAUCCAGAACCGUAACAACACAUGGCAGCUUGUUGUCAUUGUUGCUAGCUGUCUGGCCAUCCAGAACCGUAACACAUGGCAGCUUGUUGUCAUUGUUGCUAGCUGUCUGGCCAUCCAGAACCGUAACACAUGGCCUUCUGCCCCUUUGAAGCGCAUGCAUCGUUUUUGUGACAUUGACAGCUAACCUGUCUGUCUAUAUGGGUCAGAUCUUUUGUCCUGGUUGGGCUAGAAGCAAGCCGUUUUCGUUGUAGUAAUGGUAUAACCAUGACGCUAACGAAUCUGCUCUCACUUUGUUCUCUAGGGCACUCUGAAACUAUGGUACAGGGAAGCCUUUUCCUUACAAUUAUUAUCUGAGAGAUUAUUUUCCUAGUCGCUCCCAAAAUAAAACUACUGUUCAUACAACAAAAUAUUUCAUUGCAUAUGCCACCAAACCCUUCGCACUUAAGAGCCCUGUCUACAGCCAUGACUCUGUCCGGCUCGAAGGACCUUUGAAUACAUCAUCAAAAUAUCCCAAUCGUGUGAUUUUCUAAAAGCUGCAGCAAUGUCUACAUUGAGUUGUUGGUGGAUGAUGACUAUCUGAGGCUCUCUGACUGGCAAUGUUAUUGGGAUGUUGCAGAAUUUCAAUCCCUUAAAAAUGUCAGGUCAGCAUUUCUGAAAGUCAGGGCCAAAACCAAAGUAUAAAGAAGUGCGAGUGAGAUGCAUUAUUUAUUUUAUUAAUAAUAUAAUAUUAUUACCAACAUAAAUUACUUUAUUGCUUUAAGUAACUUCAUAAAAGCCCAAGCAGAAGACAAGGCAGUUGAGUAAUAGAUGUACAGAGGGUGAAAAGAUAACGUUAUCUCAGUCAGUAUCAAGGUUAUUUAAAUGUGUUUCUAUUUAUAUUCCUUUUAAGAAUUUUAUUUUAAAUUCAGUUUAGUUUCAGUUCAUUUUCAGAUCUGAUUUCCUAUUUUUUAUUUAGUUUUAUAAAAACAUUUCUAUUUCGUUUUCAUGUUAUUUAGUUUCAGUUUUAAUGUUAGUGUCACGUCUACUCCCGCUCCUCCCCUCCGGAGCUCGACGUUGUCGGUUUACUAACCACCAGUCCUGGGAUCCAUCAUUAUGUGCACCUGCACAUCAUCGUGAGGCACACCUGGACUCCAUUACCUCACUCAUUACCUCCCCAUUAUCUGUCAUUCCCUUAGGUUCUUUCCCCAGGCAGUAUUGAUGCUGUGUUUAUGCGUAGACGCUACUGUUAUGUUGUCUGGUUCAAUGUUUGUUGUUUUAUUAAA